AUAUGUUUUCAUUCGUUUGUUGAUUGUUCAACGGAACGGUUGUGUCUGAGUCCAACGCUGACUAGGUGCAGACCCUCUGUGUGUAAUUCAAAAAAAGUUUUGAAAAUUUAAAUAUACCUAUAAAAAACAAAGUAUAUUUUGCAAUAAAGCAAAGUUAUUAUAAAACAAAGAAAGUGAAAAAUAUUUUCCAUUGAAAAUAUUUAAGAAAAGAAAAGCAAAAAUAUUCAAAUUUACAAAAGAAAAGUAACCCCAUGAUAAAUGAGACAACGGAUUCUUGAAAACAAACUUUAAAGAAAAGUGUUAUAACAGUCUUUUGAAUCAACAAAGUGGAAAAUCAGCAACAUUUUAACAUUCUGAAUUCGGAAUUGUGUUGCAUCUUUAAAACUUGCAAACAUUUACUAGCAACUCCCCUUUUUAAAAAAGGAAGUUUAGAUAUUUUUUAUAAAAAUUCAACAAAUCAUCAGCAUAGCAGCAAUAUGGAUAUUACCCUACCUUCAUUACCCUCACCACCGGCCACACCGCCCUUGUGUGAAAACAAAAAUAUAAAUAAUUCCCUGUCAGUUUCCAACUCCUUGGAUGACAAACUUCUAAAAGCUAAACUUCAGCUGCAAUUGGAUCAACAGCAGCAACAACCACAACAGAUUACCAAAUCUCUGGUAAUGGGAAGCAGUAGUGGCAUUAUAACUCCUCAGCCUUCGGAUACAGAAGAUGAUGCCGAGUGCAGCAGCAGCAGCAGCAGCAGUAAACCUCCGGCGACAAAAAAGCAAAAAUUUGAUAUAAACUCUACCGCCAACACAACCACACCUCUCAUAUUGGCCCCACAACAAAUGCAAAAUCCCCACCAAAGGGCAAGUGUUAUAAUGCAUGUCAAUAGUUCGGGUAUAUGUUCGGCCAUUGAUGAGAGUUCCUGUUCCUCCAUUGUUUCCACCAUAUCGCAGACACCCUCCACAGUAUCAAAUGCAGCGGCAUGCUCCUCUGCCUCCAACUCCUCCGCCUCCUCCUCCUCUUCAAGUAUAUCACUAACCGAUGAUGAUUGUUCGGUUACCAAUGUAUGGCGUAGUAUUAAAUACAAAAUGAAUCGCAAGCGUACCGCCACCGAAACCACCAGUGAGCUUAUGUCCGAUUCCGAAUCAACACAAGAUACCAGGAGUAUUGCAAGUGAAAUGGAUGUUGCACCAGCGAUGGUGGAAGCAAAACCCAUUAAAGUAUUAGAACCCCAAAUGGAAAAUCUUGAACAGCAGGUUACCAACAAUAGCAGCAGUCUAUGUGCGCAGCCAGCAUUCCGUUUUACUUUACCAAAUUCCAAUGAUGCUGUUCCAGCAGUUAAGGAAAUGCCUGCUACCAUGCAGUAUCAAAUAAUAGCUCCCCAAACCAAUUAUAUAGUCUCGGAAACAAAUAAUGCCCCUGCCGCCACUUCAUUAAUGCCACCACAAUUUGUGCUACUCAAUCCAAAUGUUAUACUGCAAACUCUAACACCCAAUAGCAGUCAAGUCGCCGGCACUACCCGCCCUGUAAAUAGCAAUAACACUCCACUAACCACAACAAACUCUUCGCCAGCUCUUACAUGCGCCAAUUCGUCAACGGCGGCUAUUGCUACAGCAGAGCGUAAACGCAUUUACGAAUGCAAUCAUCCAGAUUGUGGUAAAAACUAUUUCAAAUCCAGCCACUUAAAAGCCCAUCAAAGAGUACACACCGGCGAACGACCCUUCAUCUGUAAAUGGGAAAAUUGCGAUAAACGUUUCUCACGCUCCGAUGAGUUAUCGCGUCACAAACGCACUCACACGGGGGAGAAGAAGUUCGUGUGUCAUUUUUGUGACAAAAAGUUUAUGCGCAGCGAUCAUCUUUCCAAGCAUGUUAAGCGACAUGCAUCCAAAAGGCAACAGGAGGUUGGCGUUCGAGCCUUAAACGCCUGCAGUGUUUUGCCUAUAACUAAUAGCACCGCCGUCUUAGACACCCCAUUGGGGGGCCAACCAAUUGUUAAACAUUUAAGACCUAUUGCACCAGCGACCGCUUGCAGCACUACCACCAACAUGCCAUCCAUGCCAUCACAGGCAUUGAAUAACUCCACCACCACCACCACCAGCACAGUACAAAUCACUCCCACAACGGCAGCAUUGCAGGUGCAAAUCUGCAAUGCCAGCGAUUUACUGAACUUGCAGCAACAAAUGGUACAUUUUUCACCCAUGGUACCGGCAGCACUGCAGCAGCAGCAGUAAAUUCAUGCAUUCAUUCAUAGCAAAAUAAAAUCUCAUUUGAUUAUAAAUUAGCAACAGCAAAAAACAAAAAAGAACUGGAAAAAGGGUAUUUUAAACUUAAAAAUUAACUGAAAUGGGAAAAAUUAUUGAAAGAGAAAAUUUAGAAAAAAACUAACUUUUUAAAAAAUUUCAUUCCAAAAAAAUGUAUAAAAAACGAAAGAAGAUAUUCAGAAAAAAUUUUAACUUAAAACGUCUUUGUAUAACAUUUGAAAAAUACGAGCUUCAAAUAUCAGCCAUUUGGCUCCUUUUCUUAAAAAAAAAAAAUUCCAGCAUUUUUUUUUUAACUUUAAUAAUUUUUCCUUAAAACCCUAUAUUGUAGAAAGUAUUUUCACUCCACCUUUCGGCUUUUGUAAUCAGUCAAUUUUUUUCUAAGCUUUGAGAAAAAAGUUUUUUAAGAAAUCCUUUUUGUAUUUAGCCUAUAUAUAAAUAUCUACUAUAAUAUAUAGAAUUGUACUACAUUAUAUAACAAAAAUAUAAACUGUGAUAUUUAAGUUUUUUGUUUUUGAAUUUUCGCUCUUAAGGCUCUUAAAGUUAUCCUAAGCAAAGCAAGCAAAUAAUGUAUAAUCUUUGUUAUUAAAGCAAAUAAUGUAAAAUAUUUAAUUUAUUAUACAUACAUAUAUAUAUUAUUAUCUAUAAACUAUAAUACAAAAAAUACCAAUGUAUAUCUAUACACAGACUACACUUUUUCACCUGUAUACUGUUACUUAUGAUUAAAAAACAAAAAAACAAA